GUCUCCGGUAAUGUUCUAUAGGAUACACACGCCCCUCUCCGCCCCUGCCGCGAGACAGGUGGUUGGACUGUAUGCCUCCAUCCGUGAGCGCUCCCUCUUAAAAUAAGAAAAAACCACACACAUAUCUGUUUACAACAGCGAAGGGUCGGUUGGCGCGAGCGCGUCCCCGAUGGACUCCCAGCGUGUGACCUACCCGAUCACCGGGCGGAUAGCGGGAGAGGGGGGCAACAACCGGAACGCACGAGGAGAGCCCCGCCGUUCUACUACCAAAUGUUUUCCAGCGAAUCGCUCGAGCUGCUGUGCACGGUAGGGGGUCUACCGAGGGAGGAAUGAGAUGCGCGAGUGAAAAGUUGACACGAUUUUGGUGGGAAUUUGCAUUUGAGAGGCGGCAGGACCAUUUGUGACUAUCCUCCGGUCUGGAAAGUUCCCCUGUGUGGACGGUUCAUUAUGGCUUCAGGCGCCGGUAAGGCUGCACAGCCCCCCGGGCCGGGCUCCGCCGUUAACGGGACUGCGGCAGACUUCCAGAACAUCGAGCAGGAGCUGUACGACUACCAGAUGCACAGCAAGAUGUGCAAGAAGAUCGCUCAGCUCACCAAGGUGAUUUACUCUCUGAACAUGAAGAAUGAGGAGCAGGAGGCGGCCCUGCAGGCCUUGAGCCAUGCCCACCACGAGGAGCUGCACCGCAUCCUGAUGGAGACAUGCCAUGAAGGGGAGGGGUCAGCGCUGAGGACUCGCCUCCUCGAGCUGCAGGAGUCCCUGGAUGAGCAGCACAGAGUUGGAGCCCAGGUGCAGGCUGACUUUGAGUGCUUUCGCAUCCACGUGGAGGAGAGGGAACGUGAAACUGAGGCUGAGCUGAGAAAAGUUUUUGAGGAGAGACUCCAAGCUGCAGAAGAGGAGCUCCAGGAGGUCAAGGCCCAAAUGGGUGAUGCCCAAGAGGAGAACCUCCGUCUGAACAAAGAUUUUGAAAAGGCUGGGGAGCAAAUCAAGGAGUUGGAGGUCAAAUGUGAAGAACUACAGACAGUAGCUGAGGAGGAGAGACAAAGGGAGGUGGAGGAAAAAAAGAAAGAGGAAGUGGAGAGACGAACAGGAGAACGGGAAGACUUGGAAAGAGUGAAGGUGCUCUUAGAGCAGGUGAAGGAGCUGAAGGAAGAGAGAGAUAGAGCAGAGGUAGAGAGGAGGCGAGCAGAAAAAGAGGAACAGGAGCAAUGGGAGCAGAAGAUCAGUGACCUGAAUGAGGAGAAAGAGGAGAUGAGGAAGAAGAUGGAGGCAGAGUGGAGAGAGGAGCGGCAAAGGUGGGAAGAAAGGGAAGAGGAGGAGAAGAAAGGGAUGCACAGUGCUCUUAGAGAGAGGGUGAAGAGGGCUGAAGCCGAGGUGGAAAGUCACCUGGAGAGGUUUGCUGAGAGCAAGAGAAACACUAUCAAACUGCAAGAGCGGAUACAGGACCUGGAAGAGGAACUGGAGCUGGAUCGAAGGCGUGUGUCAGAGGCUGAGGGCGUGGCUAAACGGGCGGAGGAGGAGUUGGCGGUGGCCAAAGAGAGGCUGCUGCUGCAGGAGGACGAGCUGCAGAGCAGAGCAGAGGAGCUGCAGAACCGCGGAGGCUGCGAGGUGUGUGUGUGUGCCGAAGUGGAGGAGCUGAGGAGUCAGGUGAGCCGUCUGCAGAGCAAAAACAGAGAGCUGGAGCUGCAGAGCAGCGGCAGGAACAAUGACCACGCCCGGCAGAUACGUCAGCAUGCUGAGGCUCUGUCCAGCCUGCGCUCUGAGAUGGUGAGAGCCCAGACUGAGGAAUUGCGUCGCAUCCAAAAACAUGCUGACGAUGAGAGGGACAAACUGCAGAAGGAGAUAGAAAAAGAGAGAGAAACCCUGCAGAAAGAAAGAGACCAAGAAAAAGAAAAGUUUGAGAAAGACAGGAACAGACUGCAGAGGGAGAGAGAGGAGGAGAAGGAGGUAGUGCACAAGGAGGUGGGUGAAAUGAAAGAACAUCUGAGGAGAGAAAAGGAGGAAGAGGUGGACCGGCUGCGUAAGGAGCUGGAGGUUGAAAGGGUUCGCGGCCGCUCGCAGUUGGACAAGAGCAUCGAACAGGUGGAGCAGGAGAGAGCCAAUGUGCAGCAGAAGCUGGAGGAGGAGAAGAAAAGAUUGGUGGAGAAGGCAGAGGAGGACAGGAAGCGAUUGAAAGAGCAGGUGCGAAAGGCAAUAGAGGAGGUGAUGAGGAGGCAUGCUGCUGAACUUCAAAGUGUCCAGGAAGCACUAAGCUCAGAGAAGAAGACCAACCACGAGAUGUGUGCGCAUCUAGAUGUAGAAAGAAGACGCAGUGAGGAGCUACGCAGUGUGCUGGAGAAGGAAAGAGAGGAGCUGAGGACAAAACUGAGAGACACUACUAAUGAGAUCUGCAGGCUGGAGUCAGUCAUCCAAAAGCAGGACAAGAAAGAGAAGGUGGCCCCUGAAGCUUCACCCUUGUGCGGGCCGCAGUGCUCCCGUCUGGAGGAAGAGCUCCACCAGACUCGGACUCGGCUAGCUCGGAUACAGGAAGAGGCAGAGAAGCAGCGUGACAGGCAGCAGAGAGACAUUGCAUCCCUGAGAGCUGACAAACACAGGCUGGAGGAGAAAGUCCUGGAACAGAGCCGACUGAACGCAGAGAGGAGUCUUCUAGAGCAGGGCCAGCGGCACACCGAGGACCGGAUCAGGGCAGAGUGUGAGGAUCGUCUCAGAGCGGAAUUCAGGAUCGAGAUGAAUGCUGCCGUGGCUGAGAGUGAGCAGAGAUGGCAGAACAGAGAGCAAGAGAUGCAGACGCAGAUUUCUGAGCUGCAGAGUCAACUGAGCGAGGCACAGGCGGAGAAAAAGAAGGCGGGCUCGGGAGACGAUUGCCAUGGCAACCCCGAAAUUGACAGGCUGAGGAAAGAGGUCCAAGACACCAAGGAGAUAAACAAGAAGCUGAGGGAUCUGCUGCAGGAGCCACAGACUCAGGAGGAGAGACAAAGCCACACCAUGGCUCUGCAGGCGUUGGAAAGACAGGCCAAAGAAGACGUGCUGUCUGAGAGGAACCGACUACAGACAUUGCACCACCUGGAGCUGGAUAAGCAGCGUGCAGAGUUGACCCAGCAGCACACAGAGUGGAGCAGACAGAUGACCCAGAGACACAUGCAGCAGAUUGAAGACCUGCAGGCUCAGCUACAGGCACACACACAGAUGAUGGCGCUGCAACAGGACCUAAAGCAGCAGAACCAAUACCAGGUGUUUGAGCGACAGCUGGAUGAGAGUCGCUGUGCCGUGCUGGAGCUUCAGAGAGAAAAUGCAGCUCUGAAGAAGCAAUUGAAGGAAAGGUCAGUGCAGAAUAAUCCCGAAACUGAAGAGAAAGAAGAGGAAAGUGUUGAGCUGCAGAGGAAGAGGGAUGCCCAGCUGGAAGAAGAAGCACAACGUCUGAAGGAGGAGGUGGAGAAACUGAGGGUGGAGAUGGAGAAACUGGAGGAGUCACAGAAGCACUGGGAGGAGAAGAAGGAGGAAGAUGUGAAGGAAGAGGAGAUGGACGAGGAGAAGAGGAAGGAGCGGGAGGAGGAGAAGAGGAAAGAGGAGGUAGAGGAGAUCAAGAGGGAGCACAAGAGGGAGAUGCAGAGUCUGGUGUCUGAGUACAGCAGCGCCCAGACGCAUCUGCAGGCUCGCAUUGUGGCUUUGGAGAACGAACUGCGUGAGCGGGAGGAACGCUGCAGGAGAAGGGAGCCACGAUGUGAUGACGUGUCGCUGGGGAGACUUCAGGAGAGACUGACAGAGAGGGACCAGCUCAUUAAAAGAUUGGUGGAAGAGAGGCAUCAGCUGCAGCUCCACCCUCCUGUGGCCGGGGACAACAGCACCCUCCGGCUCCGUGACAGCAAGUCCCGCCCGGGGAGCGCCACGCCAACCAUGAGGAGAAAGCGUGUGGAGUCUCCUCCUCGUGUCACCAGCAUCCCCAGCGCCGGUGCUUAUGACAGAAGCAUCCUCCUCCCCCAAUCCUCCUCAUCGUCUUCCUCCUCCUCAGUCCAUCAGCACUCCUCCUCCACCCUCCCUCAUCAGUCCUCCACCCACCCCCAGACCACCCCUCACUACUCCACCUCAUCUCUUCCACACAAGCACACCUCCCUCUCCCUCAGCCAACAGUCUUCCCCCUCCCUCCCUCGUUCCACCAGAUCCAGGACUUCCUGCAUCCCCCCAACCCCAGCGCCCACCGCCCCGCUUCCAGUCUGCCCCUCAGCACAAACGGGCAUCCGCUACGUGUCGCCCUCCUGUCAGGAGCCACACCUGCAGGCCCAUUCAAUCAGGGCCCCAUACCUGGAGCCAAGGGGAACCGAGGGGCUAAAACAGGAGUGGUUCACCAAAUACUUCUCCUUUUGAGCACAACUACACACACACACACACAUACACACACACACACAAACACAAAUGCACAUACACACUGCAACUGCAAAUACAUUUCUUCAUAUACAGUUCAUUUGCUUCUUAUAAACAUCUGUUUGCUUCCCAAGUACAGAGCACACACACACACACACACACGCACACACACACACCUGCACACAUGAACAGACAUGAACACAUUAACAGACAUAUGGGCUCAUCACCAGCAAGGCCAUCUCAAACAUUGCCUCAAAGCUCAACCAAAAAGUGCUUCUCGAACACAUGCCUGACCUCGUCUCCGAACAAAGGUCUGCUGGAUCUUGUUUGUAUAGUUUGAAAUGUCUCCAUAUCUUUUUUUUUUUUAAAGCAGUCUUCCUUUUUUUCAAAUAAAAUGCAACCUUUGCUCAACUCUCAUCACGUUUUUUCCGGGCAAAUGUACAUGUCUUACAAUGAACAACCAAGUUUCUCUUUGAGUAUGGGAGCAUUCGACGUAUUCAACCAAGAUCCUCGUCAAAACGGACACACACGACUCACUAUACCAAAAUGAAGCUUGUUUCAUGGAUAAAUGUAUGAUAAUCUUAAUGGACAAAUUGAAUAAAAUAUUUUGUUUUUG